GCAAACCAAUGGAACGGACUUUUCGUCGCCAUCAAACCCGAUGGGGUACAGCGCAGUCUCGUCGGUGAGGUCGUCUCCCGGCUGGAACGUCGCGGCUUGAAGUUGGUCGCCAUCCGCCUGAUGCAGGUGGAUGAGGAUCUGGCCGGACGGCACUACGCGGAGCACGUCAACCGGCCGUUUUUCCCUUCUCUGGUUUCGUUCAUCACCUCCGGCCCCAUCGUGGCGAUGAUCUGGGAGGCGAACAAUGCCGUGGCUUUGGCCCGGCAAACCAUGGGAUCGACCAAUCCCGCUGAGGCAGCGCCAGGUACGAUACGGGGCGAUCUGGGGAUAGACAUCGGCCGGAACCUAGUUCACGGUUCCGACGGCCCGGAAUCCGCGGAACGCGAAAUCGACCUGUUCUUCGGGGCCGGCGACGCCCUGGACUAUUCGCGCAGCGCCGACGAAUGGAUUACAGAAUCCUGA